AUCUGGACUUUCUUUGCUGGAACACGAACGGCCGCCUCCCAGAAUGCUUUGCAUGGGGACGUGCGUCUGACGUCACGUAUCCAGAAAAAUUCAAAAUGGCUGCAUGCGAAUGUGAAAGUUUCCCGCGUGAAGCCGGUGAGUAAAAAGUUCAAUACAGUUAACUUAGGCCAUCUUUUGUUAGACGCUGUGAAUGUGUGUAGGUUACCCACACAGCAGAAGACUGCUAUACGGAUCCGCCUUCAAGUCGCCCAACCCGCGUUACUGUCACAUUCGUUUUGGCUCCGCCUAGAGGAUACAGCUCCGCCUCUGAAAAUUGUACGGUCAGACAGCUGAUCCUGAGCGGACUCGUGUCUGAUUCGCAUACGCGGACGCGACAAACCAAACUGGCGCGCGCCGCCUAGAGUUAUAGGCUCCGCCUACGCGCGCUGAGCCGACCAAUGUCUGCACCCGCAGACGUGGACGCGCCUACUAGCGUGUGCGCGCAUGAGCCAAGAUCUCUGGACUUUCUUUGCUGGAACACGAACGUAAGUAUAGAUUUAUUGAUUUAUUGCUACAUUCGCAGUAAAGAUCAGCCUUUGUGUUUCCAUCAUCGUUUAUGUAUGAUUGUAAUGACGUUGUUUGAUAUUAGGACUAGCAGUAAAACUUUAUAUUCUGUAAAAAAAGGCUUUAUUUCCAGCGCCGCCUCCCAGAAUGCUUUGCAUGGGGACGUGCGUCUGACAUCACGUAUACAGAAAAUUCGAAAUGGCUGCACGCGGUAGGUGAGGCCCGAGCGAAGAAAAGUGGAAAAGAUUGUUAUUCGUCAAAAAACCCACACAACGACGGUCAUUUUUUCGCCGUGCUAUUGUAAAAUUGUCUUUUAUCUGUGUUUUGUGUUCCGGGGGACCCCGACUCCAGAAUGUGAAAGUUUCCCGCGUGAAGCCGUGGAGCUCGAGAUCCUGUUUACUGUGGACUAGCUGUGUGUGACGCCAUGUUGUUUUUGUUUCCAUUACAAAAAAAAGCUCCACCGUCUCGCCGAGUGCCAGCAAGAGUCAUGAGUACUUGUCAACUCGACUCCUCAACUGGAGAUAACUUUCUAGCACCUCACCAUGGGGAAGGAUGUAUUCAUAUGCCUUCACUAGCACAUGCAUUUAACAUGCAGAGAGUUACACAAGUUCUUACCACCUUGGGGCACCAUUCAGGGUGCCUUUUCAUCUGAUUAAAUUUAUAAUGAACAGGGACAUUGCGGUUGUCCCAAGUGGAUGGUAUGAUGAUAGGAUGGUUUUCUGGCCCAGCUAUAAAAACACCGACAGAAUUGAAAGGGCCGCUUUAAAUGAGGAGCAGCAUGAGCCAAACUGGCCAAGAUUUGACGUUUCUGUUGUCCGAACUUGUGACAACUACAAAGACGCAUUAAAAAUAAUGCAACAAUAUGGAAAGGGCUGCAACACCUCAGACCUGCAAUCUGAGGCAGAGAACGAGGAGCUGCCAGAAAAAAGGAACAGGAAGCCAGUCCAUCGUCUCGGGGACUCAGAUGAUAGCGAAGAAGACCCGGGAAAUAGUGACCUCACAUCUCUGGGGUUGGCAAGCCAAUUGCACAGGCAGACUCCACCGUCUCGCCGAGUGCCAGCAAGAGUCAUCUCUGAAAUAAUAUCUCAGCAUCCAGUAACCAUGGUUAACAGAUCUCAACCAUUUAAUACCAAUUUAUCUCCCUUAGCACCUCACCAUGGGGAAGGACGCAUUCAUAUGCCUUCACCAGCACCUGCAUUAAACAUGCAGAGAGUUACACAAGGAACGGCAGUCCCUCCUCGACUCCCUCCACCCCCCUCACCAGCAGCCCUCAACAUGUGGCAGACAGAGGAGCCUGGAUCCAGCCUGGCCUACAGGCCAACAUGGCGAGGGGAAAGAAUGGCCGACAACAUUUCCUGCCCUGCGCCAGAGGUAAUCCACAUCCUUAGCCUGCUGGAAACUAUUAAGCACAACCAAGACCAGCUGAUUGCGAAGGUGCUGUGAGUAAAAAUGUGUUGACAAGGUCAGCCACGGACGCUGAGGUCACCAAACACGCCAUCAGGUGGUUCAACUUGGCGGGGGAUCGGGCAACGAGGAGACGAGUCCCGCUUCCACCUCCUCAGGAGGAAUAGAGAUGUAUAUGUAUAAAUAAACAACCUUUUAUUGGA